GAAUCUCUGACCAAUCAGAACGCGCAACUCGUGAGUUCCGAACCAAUCUCUGACUUUUGACUCGCCUGCGUCCACUGAAAACACGGAAGAAAAAUAAAGCCAGCUCAAGAGGAAAGGGAAAUAACUGUGAAAACUGAACGACCGAGUCCAAAUCUUAAAGUUAAGCCCCAGGCAUAAAGAUGGAGGUAGUUUCAUCCAGUACAGCAAGCAGUCUUACAGAUACAGAGAAGGAAGGGAAUGAAGAUCAGCACAAAGCCUUGUUGUGGUCAAUCCAGGAGGCUGCAGAGAAGCACACAGUGCAGAUUGGGGUUUCAGCUUGCGGUGCUACAGCAGUGGUGGAUGUGCUCCAGGCUCUGGGACUCAUGGUGGCACCAGAAACAGCUGACCGCAGUGUACAGACCAAGCUGAGGAGGAAUAAUUCCCCAUUGCCUGAUUACCUUCACUCACGCAGCGAAGCAGGUGCCACACACAUGCAGCUGAUAGAUGGAGCACUGGAAGCCAGUGGUGGACGAGUGAUGGGCAGAUUCUUUGGUUUCUACCCACAGAGGAAGGUAAAUCUGGUGCCUUGGCUGGCACACUGGAUCCGGCAUAAAGCCAUACCUGUAGCCACCAUGAACAUGCAGCGUGGUGUGGCAGAAGGUGAAGAGAUCCCUGACGCCUGGCAUCACCAGCUGAUCUUUGGAGUGGCGCCCAGUGCUGUUUUCAUGACUAAUCCACUGGACGUUGUCAGCGAAGAGGAGUUACAUGUGCGUCUGUGCAGUGAGUCUGUGCUGCUGAUACGUCGUGAAGAUGUCUUAAAGAGAAUAACAGCAGACUCUCCUCUUCCACCGAUAGACCAUCCGAACGAUCCACGCUGGAAAACUCUAAAUGUGGAAGGUCAAGUUAGAAAAAUGAUCGAAGAAGAAAACUGUGAGGAAGAUCAUCCUAAAAUGACGCACAUAACAAUCCCAGCAGCAUACAGCUCAGGAAUUACACUUUUUGCUCUCAAGGAUUCGGCGAUCAGUCAGGAGCUCCUCAGUGCCCCUGAACUGCCUCUGCUGUGACCUCUGGACCUAUUGUGUUUGGUCUAAUUUUCAGUGUUCAAACUGUAUGAUAUGGUGUCAGAAACUGUGAAUAAUUCACUCUACUUCAUUUGUAACUGAAAAUGACAAACAAUGGCUGUCAGUAUUACAGACUUUUGAUAAUAGCUCAAAGCAGAAAGUUAUGUAUGUAACCGUGAAUCAACGUCUGAUUGUAGGACCACCUGAACAAAUUGGGAAACAUCCUGUUCCCUACUUGGAAAACAAAGAAAAAGUCCUGUAACUAAUUAGAAUUGGUUAGGCUUUGUUAUAGUGUAGGUUCAGCUUGCACGUGGGUCUGUUCUGUAACAUUAAGCUAUCAGUAACAUAUCAUGUCUUUACAACUUUGUCAUUAAAAGGGACGAGCGGAAAUGCGAUUGAUUGAAA